AUGCCUGCAGUAUUGACAAAUAAAACCGCUGCAACUGAAUUUAUCCUCAUGGUAUUUUCUACCAAUCAAAAUAUGUACAUUUUGCAUUCAGUGCUAUUUGCCUUCAUGUAUUUGUGGGCCCUGAUUGGGAAUGUUCUCAUUAUCACAAUCAUAACUUUCGACCAGCACCUCCACAUCCCCAUGUACUUCCUCCUGAAGAAUUUAUCCUUGUUGGAUCUCUGCCUCAUUUCCACCACAGUCCCCAAAUCCACUGUCAACUCCUUGACCCACAACAAAUCCAUCUCCUUCCCUGGCUGUGUCACCCAAGUCUUUUUGGUGGUUUUCUCAGCAAUGGCUGAGAUGUUCCUCCUCACAGUGAUGUCCUUUGACCGCUAUGCUGCUGUCUGCCAUCCUCUGCACUAUGAAGUCAUCAUGAACAUGGACACAUGUGUGCAGAUGGCAGCUGUGUCCUGGCUGGGUGGGGGUCUGAUUUCUGUGAUGCACACAGCUGGUACCUUCUCUUUAUCAUUUUGUGGGUCCAACGAGGUCCAUCAGUUCUUCUGUGAUAUCCCCAAAUUAUUAGCUAUUUCUUGUUCAGAAAGUUUAAUAAGAGAAAUUGUGCCCAUCCUCAUUAGCGUGGUAUUGUGUGUCUGCAGUUUUAUUUUCAUCACUGUUUCCUACAUCUACAUCUUCUCCACUGUCCAGAAGAUUCCAACAACAGAAGGCCAGUCAAAAGCCUACUCCACUUGCCUUCCACACUUGGUGGUGGUUGUUUUAUUUCUCUCCACUGGCUUCACUGCUUAUCUAAAGCCAACUUCAGGGUCCACCUCUAUUUUUGACCUUGUGAUUUCUAUGUUCUACACUGUGAUACCCCCAACCCUGAAUCCGAUCAUAUACAGUCUAAGAAACAAGGCCCUGAAGAUGGCUCUGGGUAUGUUGAUGGAGGGAAAGCUCAUCAAAAAGUAA